AGUCUUAAAUGGGUUCUCCCCAGGAACAGGAAGCACUCAGAGUACUGGAGCAGCUGCUCCCAGAGCUCACUGGGCUGCUCAGCCUCCUGGACCAUGAGUACCUCAGCGACAGCACCCUGGAGAAGAAGAUGGCUGUGGCCUCCAUCCUGCAGAGCCUGCAGCCCCUCCCAGCAAAGGAAGUCUCCUACCUGUAUGUGAAUACUGCAGACCUGCAUUCUGGGCCCAGCUUUGUGGAGUCUCUCUUUGAAGAAUUUGACUGUGACCUGGGUGAUCUUCGGGACAUGCCAGAGGAUGAUGGGGAACCCAGCAAAGGAGCCAGCCCUGAGCCAGCCAAGAGCCCAUCUCUGAAAAGUGCAGCCGACCUGCCUCCACCACUGCCCAACAAGCCUCCACCUGAGGACUACUAUGAGGAGGCCCUUCCUCUGGGACCUGGAAAGUCCCCUGAGUACAUCAGCUCACACAAUGGCUGCAGCCCGGCCCAGUCGAUUGUGGAUGGCUACUAUGAGGAUGCAGACAGCAGCUACCCCACCACAAGGAUGAAUGGAGAGCUAAAGAACUCUUACAAUGACUCUGACGCCAUGAGUAGUUCCUACGAGUCCUAUGAUGAGGAGGAGGAGGAGGAGGAGGAAGAAGGGAAGGGGACACAGCCUCAGCACCAAUGGCCCUCAGAGGAAGCCUCCAUGCACCUGGUGAGGGACUGCAGGAUAUGUGCCUUCCUGCUUCGGAAAAAGCGCUUCGGGCAGUGGGCCAAGCAGCUAACAGUCAUCAAAGAAGACCAGCUCCUGUGUUACAAAAGCUCCAAGGACCGGCAGCCACACCUGAGGCUGGCACUAGAUGUCUGCACCGUCAUCUACGUGCCCAAGGACAGCAGGCACAAGCGACAUGAACUGCGCUUCUCCCAGGGGACCACAGAGGUGUUGGUGCUGGCACUGCAGAGCAGGGAGCAGGCGGAAGAGUGGCUGAAGGUCAUCCGCGAUAUCAGCCGGCCUGUCAUGGGAGCCGAGGGCUUGGAGGCCCCCAGAUCUCCAGUCUUCCUGUGCAAGCUGGACCUAGACAAGAGGUUGUCCCAAGAGAAGCAGAACUCAGACUCCGACAGCCUGGGCAUGAGUGACAGCAAUUCUACCCUUGGUCGCAGGGAGGCCUGUGAACAUGGCAAAGGGAAGAAGAAUAGCCUGGCUGAGCUGAAGGGCUCCAUGAGCAGGGCUGCAGGCCGCAAAAUCACCCGUAUCAUCAGCUUCUCUAAAAAGAAGGCACUGGCCGAGGACCUACAGACAUUUUCCAAUGAGGAGGAGGUUCCAUGCUGUGGCUACCUGAAUGUGCUGGUAAACCAAGGCUGGAAGGAACGAUGGUGCCGCCUCAAGUGCAACACUCUGUAUUUUCACAAAGACCGCAUAGACCUGAGGACCCAUGUGAAUGCCAUUGCUCUUGGGGGCUGUGAGGUGGCCCCAGGCUUUGGACCCAGACACCCAUUUGCCUUCAGGAUCCUACGUAACCGGCAGGAGGUGGCCAUCCUGGAGGCAAGCUGUUCCGAGGACAUGGGCCGCUGGCUUGGACUGCUCCUGGUAGAGAUGGGCUCCAGAGUCACCCCAGAGGCACUGCACUAUGACUACGUGGAUGUGGAAACCUUAACCAGCAUCGUCAGCGCCGGGCGCAACUCCUUCCUGUAUGCAAGAUCCUGCCAGGAUCAGUGGCCUGAGCCCCGUGUCUAUGAUGAAGUUCCUUAUGAAAAGGUGCAGGAUGAGGAGCCCCAGCGCCCCACCGGGGCCCAGGUGAAGCGCCAUGCAUCUUCCUGCAGCGAGAAGUCCCAUCGAAUGGACCCGCAGGUCAAAGUCAAGCGUCAUGCCUCCAGUGCCAAUCAAUACAAGUACGGCAAGAACCGAGCUGAGGAGGAUGCCCGGAGGUACUUGGUAGAAAAAGAGAAGCUGGAGAAAGAGAAGGAAACAAUUCGGACAGAACUGAUGGCUUUGCGACAGGAGAAGAGGGAGCUAAAGGAAGCCAUUCGGAACAGCCCAGGCACAAAGCUGAAGGCUCUGGAGGAAGCCGUGGUUGCCCUGGAAGCACAGUGCCGGGCCAAGGAGGAGCGGAGGAUCGACCUAGAGCUGAGGCUGGUGGCCGUGAAAGAGCGCUUGCAGCAGUCCUUGGCAGGUGGCCCGGCGCUGGGCCUGUCUGUGAGUGACAAGAACAAGAGCAGGGAAACUGCAAAUAAACACCAAAACAGUGCCCCAGAGCAAUCUCUCCCUGUCAACUGUGUUUCUGAGAUGAGGAAGAGGAGCCCAUCCAUUGUAACCUCCAACCAAGGAAGGGUGCUACAGAAAGCCAAGGAAUGGGAAAUGAAGAAGACCUAGAAAGAAGAUGAGAAUUCCAUCCCAUCUAGGGAGGAAAUGCUUUUUUCACGGACACAAGAAGACCAGAAGUAGCCCCCACUCUCUGGGACACCCAAAUGACCAGCUUUUAUUGUCUGUGAUUUUAAGGGUUCUGGGAAGGAAUUGAAGAGAAGGGAGAAGUGGAAGGCAUCCUUCUGAUGUCACAAAGAAUGGAAGUGGGGGUGGAGGGAAACAGAAGCGUGCACAGUUGUAAAGGUUUUAUUACAUAUCCUUGCCCUCCCAAGGUAAUGAAGACCCAUGUGAAAAAGCCAUCCCAUCCCUUCUCAGCAUCCCACUCCCAGUCCCUAAAGCAAGGAAGGCAGUGUUGCAGCAUUGGUGGUGCCAUGAUGAAGGAGAGACUCAAUCACCUGAUCACACAAAUGCAAGCUGCAUUCCUGUUGGGCACUACAAACAACCUCUGGGCAGGACUAAAAAGUCAGUCUAUUCCUGCCUACACAAAAAUGAAUGAAAGCUACUGAGAACAUGCAAAUUCUUUAGGCAGUCUUCAUCUGUUCGAGAGCUAGGCAGAGUACAGCUGGAUUCUUCAAGGUUUGGGCAUUUUAAAAUCAGAUUAUCUGAGUACUUACUGGGUAAAGACAGUUGGAUCAGCUGGCACAUUUUAAACUCACAGUGAUAGAAGCAUGGAGUCCUAGUGUCCACGCAAUGCUGCAUGCAUUGGAGGGUGGAGUCAUUUGCUGUCUAUCAAGUCCUUACCUACUUUAUGUGACACUGAGGCUCCCGGGACUAUGGUUGGAAAACUACAUUUUUAGCCUGAUGAUGUCUCCAUUUUGCACUAGGAAGCCCACAAGCCUGUGCCUCUGUAUCUGCUAUAAAGUAAGACUUAAGGAAAACCCAACAGGAUGCCAGCUCAUUUCCGCCACAGUGGUGCUAAGCCUUUUCCAAACACUUGAUAUUUUUAGGAGCAAAGCAAGGACCUCGUGUCUCGGGCAACCCCCUUUCUAUGCCAAUUACUACUUUUUCAGAACUGUAGACACUUUAUAGGUCUGUCCCUAACAUAUUUCUCUCCAAUAAAAAUCAAACUGUUCAACUCU